AUGAAGAUUUUCCAAUCGAAUUGUAUGCAACUUGACAUAGUUCUCAGAAUUACCAAAUCUUCCCAAACACCUACGGAUAAUAAUGAAAACAACGACAACAGCAACACUACACCAAAACCGGAAGAAGAAGACCAACAACAAUUAAACAAUGAAAACGAGAUCGAACAAGUAUCGCAGAAAACCCCAAGCGGUUCAAUAAAAUCCGGCUCAUAUUCAUUAAAAUCAACAGCAUCGGCCCAGUCGAGUACCGGCAGUCGAAGUUUGAAAAAUGGAACACCCGAAAGAAAUACAGCAACUGCGGAGGAGGUUAAAAGCCUCAAGGAUGAGCAGGAAGAAAUUGCACCGAUCUUAACUACCCCCCUAACAACAGUGGAGGCAACCCUAAGUGAAGUGGCAGACGACCGAGAAGUUGAUAGUGAAUCACCAAGUAAAUGGCGGACGGGUGAAGAAGUUCUGCAACUGGAAGAUGUGGUAGAUCAAGAUGUCGUUAUGGAAUCGGUUGUGGAAGAAGUUGAAGAGGUGGAACAUAAAAAUGAAAAUCUUCAACGUAAUGGUAGCAUGGCUAGCUUACACAGUAAAACGGAGAGUAUUAAGACGCUGAUAGGUGACACUCCUCCGGUAUUGUCGCGAGCACAGUCUGCUAAAUCUCUGGCGAUUGAAGAAGAAAUUGAAGAUAAUACCAGUUUUGUGCUUGUUGAAGAUACCGCCGAUGAAGAUGAGGUCGAUAAGAAUCUGGUGAUUGAAGAGACCACUGAAGACUCAGAGGAGGCUGUGAGUAAUGAUACUGCCAUUGUUUGUUGUUCUAAACCGAAUAGUGGUGGUAUUUCACGACCCCAAACCAGUCGUUCGAGAUCGCCGACAAUAGAAGAAAUCAAGGCAUUGUCGCGCAGAAAUUCCAUGAUCAAAUCUAUGGAAUCGUUGUAUGAACGACCUACAUCCAAACAGGAUUUCAAUGAUAAUACCACCGAAACCAGCUCGCAAUCUAGUGCUCAGCUGAAUAGUAGUUUGGGUUCCGCCAUCAUACCGGUGGUUACUGCUGCGGUAAUUAAACCCCAACACACACCCUUGAAACAGAAGUCGAAGACAACACAUUUUCUUAAGAGCCAUCGACGCAUCUCACCCGUAAAACAAUCAAUAAAGGUGGUCCAGGCGGAAUUGUAUCCCCAAACUUUGCAGAAAUUCGAAAAGCCCCGAGAGGCCAUAUUGAAAACAUUCGAUCAAUUGGAUUCCAGUAAUUGGGAAGUAAUAAUGGUGGGUCUUAAAAAUAUGGUACGUCUGAUGCGUUAUCAUCCCGAAAAUUUGGACAAUCAAAUGCAUAUGGUGUGUAUACAGCUAUCACGCACCGUUCGAAAUUUACGAUCCCAAGUGGCUCGAGCAGCUUGCCAGGCAGCCACAGAAUUGUUUACCAUAAAAUCCCGAUAUCUGGAACAGGAAUGUGAUGAUUUGGUUUGUGCCUUGCUACACCGCACAGCAGAUACAAAUCGUUUUAUACGAGCUGAUGCUACAAGAGCUCUGGAGGCAAUGUGCGAUAAUCUCGCCCCAGGAAAAAUACUCAAUAUUUUGACGUCAAAAGGAGCUCAACAUCAAAAUGCUUUGGUACGCACGACAACUGCGAAAUUAUUAAAUCGUCUCGCCGAACGUUUGGGUUGUGAUAAAAUAUAUACAAUGCCACGAGAUCAUCGAGAGAAGUUGUUUGUUACCGGAGCUAAUCUUCUCCUCGAGGGUAGUUUAGAAACACGUAGCUAUGCCAAAACAUUAUUUCGAAAACUAUCUCAACAUGGAAAUUAUCAAAGAAUUCUGCUGGAAAUAAUACCACCACGGACAUAUCGUAAUAUUGAGAAGACCUUGAAGAGUAUACGUUAG